CAAAAAAGGAAAGUUGCUCCGAUACUCGCCCUGUAAAACCUAGAAAACUCCCAAGACUGUUUCCCCUUCCAGGUCAAUAUACUGUACACAUGAGUUGAGAUAACACUUGAGGUGCACCAGGCUUCAACUUGAAGGCACUGACCAUGGCUUCAAAACAGGACAGUUCACGGUCAGAGUCCCCAGCAGAGAUUGACUUCUCUGUAAUACGGACGGCGAUUCAAAUGAACCGUUCAAUGCUUGAACAAAUCUUACAUGGCGUUCAUUAUGGAUCUGAGGAGACUCGCACUCUGCUACAUGAUGAGUGUGACUUCAUACUGGAGUGUCGUGUUUGCCGUAAUAUGUUCCGCAGUCUUCCAAACUUUGUCGCCCACAAGCGAGUGUACUGUACAGACUCACAUGAGGACAAGCGGCAGGGGGAAUGGAUGGCUGGUCGAUCAAACAUGGAGACGGUCAUUGUACAGCCAGAGGAUCCUGGGACCAGCCAUACGAGAUCUUCUCCCUCUGGUCAGCAUGCGAGCAGCUCUGUCGUUGAGAGAGUGGUUGGUAACAUGUUUGAUGGCAAGUCUUCUGCUUACGAGAUGUAUACACGAGCAGCUGAAGAUUUGGAAAGACAGCGAGUCACCAAAGUCACCAAUACUGUGACCUUGACCUCUAUUCCUACCAAUCGCAAUGCUGUAAUGGUGGAAAAUAGCCAGGGAGAUAAUGCUGAAGAGAUUUUGAGGGCUUAUAGAGAGAAAAAGCAGCGAGAGAGGACUAAACAGAUGGAAAUAAUUAAGGCUCGUAGAGAAAAGAAAUCAAUUGUUAAUCUUUGUGCUUCUCUUGCGAAACAGAAAUGCAAUGAGCCGGCAGCUGGUUUGCUAGUCAGACCCAUAUCAAAAGGGAUAUUGACUAGACCUCGAAAGUCAUCUCCUAGAAAAUCUGUUGAAUACCUGACAGAGUCUGAAGUGAAGAAACUUGAAGACAAAAAUAAAACAAAGUUGAAGCCAAUAUCCAACAGAAAUGAAAACGGGGCAACUGAAUUAGCCGCUACAAAUGCAGAUGAUAAGCAUUCUAAUAAAAGCAAGACUGUAGAGAAGAGUCCUGAGAAGAUGGAGACUGAUCAAGACUCUGUAGAAAAAACAAAUGACCAACAGUCAACACGACUUUUCUCUUAUUCCACCGGUGUGAAAAAAUGUGAUAAAUGCGAUAGAGUGUUCUGGAAAGCUAAAACCUAUUCUAGACAUUAUAGCUCAUGUAAAAAAAGUAUUGCCAAGAAGGAUGAUAAAGAUAAACUAUCAGGUGCUAGUUCACAGUCAAGCAGCUCAAGAUCGAGUUCAGAAAACUCUGAAAUUAGUAACAAAACACCCUCACCAAAGAAGAGCCCGAAGAAAGGAAGUGAUGUCACAACUCCAACACCAGAAUUGAUCGUAGUAGGACCUAAAGGAAAGAUCAUAAUGCGCAGUCGGAAUACAGAAUUGUUAAAACUUCAAGAGAAGCUCAGAGCUAAAGCAAUCUGGACAAGUGAUUCACAAGGUGACAAGACAGAUACGGCUGUGGUAGAACAGGGGAAUAGUAAAGACAAAGAACCACAAAAGGCAUCAACUGAAAAAAAUAAAAAACUCCUAGAAGGGCUUACAAAACCUUUAGUCAAAGAAGUACAAGACAAGGAAGCCUCACCUAUCAAGAACAGUGAAAGACCUUCAAGAUUAAGACAAGAUGAUGAUGAUAAUGAUGAUGAUGAUGAUGGUGAUGAGAAAGUCUCUGACAAUGAAGCUAUGAAAUAUUUAGAUACUAAUGAUGGAAAUUGUGGUAGUAAGAAUAUCAAUGAAAUCAGAAAACUUAGGGAGAGAUUAAGCAGAGAAGCAGGCUUAAAGGACGGAAAAGAUAUGCAUAAGGAUGAAUCAGAUCUAAAGACACCAAUAAUGGCAAGUACAGGUGUUCAUAAUGUAGGACUGAAGAGGCAGAGCCUUGAAAUACUGGAACUUGAAACUAAGUUGACAAGAGAGGCUCUAGGUAAAGAUACCAAUGACAAUAGUAAGAAAUUUCUCAGAAGUGGUGAAAAACAGGAAAGGGCAAAAUCUGUUGAAAAAGUAACAAAUAUUGGUCAUAAUGCAAGAAAGAGGAACAUUAGCCAAAGUGAGUCUGGUUCAAAUAUUAGAACCACAGAAGUUGGUGUUAAGCGACAUUUUAGGUCAAUAAGCGCAGGAGAGAGAACUCCUGAAAAGCUUCUGAUAGAAUCUGAAGUUCUUGAAAUGUCACCUGUGAGCCAUAGAAGGUCUCUUCCCUCUUCCCCUACACCUUCCCUUCAGUCAAACUCUGGAGAUGGCUAUAACAGGAAGUUUAAGAUGACUGUUAAAGAGAUGGCUGAACUGGUUGAGUCAGCCAGUCUGACCAAGUUUGCUAAGGACAGGAAAAAGCGAGCUAAGAAUUUCCUCACUAAGAAACAAAGUAAAGAUGCAUUAUCUGUUUCAACUUUAUCCAAACCAAUGAGAAGAAAAGCAAAGCCAAGUGUAACUAAAACUGAUAGGCCUGGCAGUGACUAUGAAGCUGGACAAUCUGAAGGUUCUGUUGAUACAAGCUAUAGUGAAAGUACUGAAGAAAGGUCCAAACAGCCAGCAAAACGCCUUUCCUUAGAACAGAAGAGGUUGCAAAACUCAGCAGGCUUUGUUGAAGAGAAGUAUUACAAAUCUGGUUCAGGAAAGCAUGAAAGUCUGACAGAAAAACUUAAUAGAGAGACUGAAGAGAGAAAAAGGCUCUCAAAGGAGCUAAAAAGGCUAGAAAAUUCUGCUGGGUAUGUUGAUAAGAAUGUUGAAGCAAUGCAAGCACACAAUUUUGAUGCUUCACAACCUAGAGAUUCAGAAGUUAAGUCAGAACUAGUAGGUGAUAGUGGUAAAGCAAAGCAGAUGGCUGACCAUGGAAGCUCUUCAAGGGAAUCCUCUCAUGAGAGACCUAAAUCAAAACUUUCCAGAGAAAUGAAAAAGCUGGAAAACUCUGCUGGCUUUGUGGAGGACAAUUUCUACAUUUCCUCACGAGAAUCCUCCAGGGACAGACAAAGUGACUACUCCAUUGACAAAACAAACAUGAACAAGGAACCUUUGCCAACUUCACGGGAUGCAUCGGUAGAUCGACACAGAAUUACUGACAGGUGUGUAGAAAGUCCAAAAUAUCCUAAGGAACUAAAGCUUCUUCAGAAUUCCGAAGGUUUUGUAGACAAAAAUGUGUAUGCCUUUCCUGUUUAUGGGGAUGAUCAAGGGGUAAUUUCUAGUGACUGUGAUGCAGAUGGUGGUAGAAAGUCGAGGGAAAAGGUACGGUCAGUGUUUGUACCAAGCAAGGAGGGAAGAUUUUCAUGUGUUCGCAGUAGCUCUGGAUCUUCCUGCGAAUCAAGGGAUCAAAAACAAGGAGAAAGUAGAAAGCUAGCGUCAGGUGUAAGAAGUUCAAUUGACAAGCCUAAAAUUGCCAGACCAUUUAUACAAAGUAACAAAGGAGACAGUCCUGUUAGAAACACGUUUGAAAUAAAAAAUAGUAAAUCAGGGAAAAUCAUCUCAGAGAGUUCAAUCAUCUCAGAGAGUUCUGUAGAUGAUAAAAAUAACUCUAAGGAUGAAAAACAUGCAGGGGAGACUGAUGUGAAAGAAAUAGAGAUUGAAAAUGAAAUUAACGAACUCAGAGAUAAAAAUGAAGAUAAGACACUAGAAAACAGACACAGGACAAGAUUGUCAACAGGAAGUAUCUUUUUUGACUCUGAACUGUUGAAAUUAAGUCCGUCAAAAUUAGAAAAGAGAUCUGUAUGGGAAGUGACAAAGAAAAGUAAGCAAGAUAAACAGAAAAAGGAGGAGACAUCGACAGUUUGUAAGAAGUUAAAUCUGUCGCCUAGAAAGAAACCAGAAAUGGUGAAAUGUAAACAAGCACCAGCAAGUUUUGGAUUUUAUCCAUUGUCUACUGGUUUAAAGCAGUGUCCAAAAUGUCAUGAAAGAUUUUGGAAGAAAAAAAGUUAUGACCGUCACAUAAAAACCAAAUGUUACACAGCAAAACAGGCUAUGUCUGGAAAGAAAAGAACAUUAUCCCUAUCACCUAAAGAGACUCUAGGUUCUGUUGAUAGUCGAAAGGCAGGGAAUAAUUCUGAAAAUGUGUCUAAAAAGAGAGCAAGGAUUGAUAUAAGUAUGGUAACUACUGCUGCAAUAAAUGAGAACAAUGAUUCAGUGAAUGAAAAUAUGAAAUCAGAGGGGAAUGAAAUGAAAUCAAAUAUGACUGAAAAUGCAAAAAAGAAAUCAGAUAAGACAAUUCAUUAUGAGGAAAAGGAACCUUCAUCACCAGACUCUCCAAUAUUUACAAGGGCAAUAGAAAAGUCAGUUUCAGGUAUUGAAUUAUCGCCAAUAUUUCAGAAAAAAGCAAACAAAACAACAGAAAGAUUUCAGGGUACAGAAAGAGCUAAAUCAGGGCCUGGUGAAUCCACGGAUGUCAAGGCUGAUCUUGCUGGGGAGAAGUCGGUACGCAUGGACGUGAUGGUCGUAGAGGAAGAACCAAGACCUGGCCCAUCAUCACUCAGACAUGUGGAGGACCUGGCCAGUAUUGCUGGAACAUUAUCUCAAUCUAGCGAAGAUGAUGAUAGCGAGGUCGGUAGUGACUUUAGUGGAUUUUCCGAGGAUGAUCUACGUGUAACAGAGGCGGAGCUAACCUCACAUCUUGAGGCGCAGGGGCAGCGUGAUGAGGGAGAUAACUCUCACAUAGUUGACCUUGAGGGAGACUUGAGUGAUCUUGGUGUCAUUGACAUAUCCAGUGACCUUAAUCAUUCAGAUGAGGAGACAGAGGUCAAAGUUAAACCUGCAGCCAAUCAGAAGCCAGAAGAAAGGUCAGGUCGACCAGUCAGAAAGAGUGCUAAGGAGAGGUUUUCCCACUUCGAGGAGAUCUGGGUGUACAAGAAAGCAGGUCAAAGUACUGAGCAUGUGUACACGGGACAGCCCCCAGAGCCUGCACGAGCUGGUAAUUCCCCUAGUUUCCGGCGGGAAUAUGUGCGCGACUCUGAAAACCCCACUCGCCUGGUGUGCCACAGUUUUGUUGAGAUUGAGAAACUUGUGGAUGAAACGAGCAUGAAAUGUAAACAGUGUGACUGUCCAUGUACAAACUUGACAAAUCUGCGGCGGCACAUUAUUUCACACCUUGGCUGGAAGAGGUACAAAUGUAAACAGUGCUCCUUUACUUGUUAUGAUAAAUCAAGAAUCGCACGGCACACCGAAAAUGUUCAUGAGGAAGCCCUAACAGGGAGGAAUUUUAAUAAACUUGUAGUGGAUUUGAAACUAGCCGGAAAUAAAAUCAGGUCAAGAAAGCGGACCAAGUCGUUAAGGAAUACGAAAAAGCGUACAGAGAGUGGGACAGAUAUUUAUCAGAAACCCAAACCAGUGUUGAAUGUUAAAGGUUCAAGCUUCAAGUCACCAACUCAAAAGAAGACCCAAAAGUCUGUAGUAUGUGCUAAGGAAAAGAUUGAUUCUGAUGACAAGAAAUCAACUAUGGGUGUUGACACUGAAUUGGUUUCUAGGGAAAGAAACACGGACCCUCUAACUAAAGCAAGAAUGAAUUUAACUAAAGCUUUAAAAGUAGACUGAUGUUAUUGUAAGUAAUGUUUAUUGUGCAAUGUCUUACACAUGUAUACAUGUGCUAAAGUGAAAAGAUAUGCAGUGUGUAAUGGAAGUAGCCAUGGAAUUAAAUAUGUGUCUCGCCUUUUUCUAGGCCUUCACCAAGUCAGAUAUUCAGACUCAUUCCCACAGCCAAAUUUGUUAAAAUCCAGCUGAUUUCCCUGUAACCAAUUUCUACAAGUUACUCUUGGAGUUUUCAGUCCAAAUUCAAAGAUUUAAGCAAUAAAAAUACCCAAUUUUUAGGGUAAUAUAACUUCCUCAAAUGCCUAGAUAAAUGCCUGCAUGGUUUUGUUAUCAGACAAACAGUGAAAUAGUCCUGCAUCAUGUUGUACAUUUUGUAAAAAACACAUUAAAAAGUCAAGAUUCAGAGACAUUUCCUUCACAUAAAUCAUUAUUUAAGUAUUCUUUUUAUUUUUAUCUUUUUUCAUUUUGCUAACAGAAUGAAUGAAAUUGCUUGUAUGAUUUCUUUAUUAUUUCCUUUUAUUACAUGAGGUUGACAUCAUUUUGCCGUACUGAUUUAGGGUCAAACCUUGUAUUGAACAUAUAAAAAACAAAAUCAAUUUUGACAACAAAUGUGUCCCACAAUAAAAAAGAAUCUUGCUUUCUUUCGACUAUGCCACAUUAUAGAUGAAAAAUACUUUUUCUGAACUUCUUUCAUAAAUGUAUGUGUCAUAUGGCAACUCAUGUACAAUCUUAUAAAAACAAUAUUAUGCUACAUGUAUUGUGCUUUACCUUGCUGUGCUAGUAGUAGUAAUUACCUAGGUUUUCAGUAGCAGUAAACAUGCAACAUUUAGUCAUGUCGCUCCGUAAUCUUCAUUUAAUUCCAUGUAUUAACCUGAUUACAACAUAAUACAGUAGCUUUCAAUGAAUUAUUUUGACUGUUUAUGUAUAGAUUUUCAUUAACGAUGAUUUUCAUUAAGAAUUGUUAUAUGACCCAACAAAAUAUUGCUGUGGUUCUGGCUACCUGGACCGACCCUAUUGAUAAGUAAUGACUUUUUGUUUUUUUAUCUAUAACAUUGUGUUGCUACCAUUUGUACAAGAUACAGUUGAGAUGUAUUGUGUUACUUUCUUGGCAACAUUAAUACCAGAACGUGCAUUUAUGUAAGGCCUAAAAAAAAAAUUGUUUGGUUAGGGUUACAUCCUUUUCAAAAAUAGAUAGGCUUUUUUUUUUUUUUUUUUUUUUUAUAAGGCUUUAUAUAAGAAUGUCAUUUUCAUCAUUGGAGAAUGGUGUUCAAGUUAUCUUCUAUAUAAGCAAUUAAGGUUUUAAACUACAUAUUGAAAAGCAAAAAAAAAAAAGAAUUUUUUUUUUUUUUUAGUUUUACAUUUUUUUUUUCAAACUGACUAUAAAAGCGUUAGGGUCGGCGCCUAUUCCGUAGGUAGGGUCGGGUAACCCGAACCAAAUGUAUUUUUUUUUAGGCCUAAGCAAUAUAUCUAUAUCCAUACUAACUUUGUGUAAAAUAUGAUAAUUUUCCAAAAUGAAAUGUUUUCGCUACCUUCUUAUCCUAUUUUUCGUCAGCCUGCAACAGAAAAGUAUUCAUUGAGCCUUCUUAUAGAAUAUAGAAAAGGAACUAUUGAUUAUAUGCUGUCCAGUGGUUUAUAGAGAUUUAUGAGUGAAAUAAAAUUGACAACUAACUGUUUCAAACAAUGAAAGUAUCAAUUUGAUAAUUUUCACUGUUUUGAAAUUUAAGCCAGCUCUUGGUUCCAAAUCAAACUUGAGAGUGCAUAGGGCUUGGACACCAUUUCACCAACAUCAUGUCCGAAAUGACAUUGGGCAUACAAAUUGGCGCAUUUUUUCUAAAAAAAGUGUAAUUAAAUAACUUGACUUCUAAUUUAAGGCACAUAAUAAAAAGAGAAAUUGUUUGUUUCAGUGUAAGAUAGCAAUAUAUUUCGCCUCAUGAACACCAAAAGUGAAUACUCAACUCAUUGCUACUCCACUCAUAAAUAAAUAUUUUGUUGCUCACUCUGUGAAAUAUAUUACCACCUUGCCCUGAAACAAACAAUUAUCAAGAAAUGUGUACAUGUAUUGUCAUAUAACUUCCAGUGUCAUUCACAGUGGCUUGAUGACAAAGGCUCAUUAAAGUCACAAUAAAUAAUUUCAAUUACUGGUAGCCAAAAUUAUAUUUUAUACAUACUUGAACAUACAAUGUAUUAUAUUGAUGAUAUACAUGUUCAAGUAUGUAUAAGAUAUAAUUAUGGCUAGUUGAAAUUAUUUUUUGUGACUUGAAUGAGCCUUUGUCAUCAAGACACUGUGGUGUCAUUGUCAUCUGUCUGCAACAUUAUCAACAAAUAAAUGUACAGUGCAUACAAACUCAACAUUACGUCCUUGAAUGGCAACAAUAUGAGUUAAACUCAAGGGCCAAACUGCAAACUCAAGACUUCAUUGUGAAAUUGCGCUGAUGGUAAAAUUUUUGAAAGAUUUUUACACAUCUUUUCACGACUUUUGUCAAAAUGAACAAUAAUAAAGAUAUUAUGGAAUAUUUGAUUAUUUGCAAUCCUCAGACUAAAGCAUUAGUGAAUAUGGGCCCCAUAUCAUAUGCCAAUUCUGUAGUGUUAGAAACUUUACCAGAAACAAGUUCUAGGCUGGUAUUCAUCGAUCAUCUUAGGGCUGCAUUCUCUCAGACUGACUGUUUGACAACUAGUUUUAUUUUUUGUCUUUUUAGUCAAUAUACAUUACAACCUCUAUUUACUUCCAAGAUGUAUAUGAUAGAAAUUACAUGUAUUUACGUUGCAUGGUAUUUUCUAUAUUUUGUUUGCCUAGUCAGUUCCUUUGUUAGAGAUUUACCCCCAACACGAUGAAAUACUAGAAUAUUGUUCUUGUUAAUAAACCUUUUUCUUUAAAAAUACAACAUUUGAAUUCUUAUAACCAUUUUAGGAAUCAGUAUCUGCUUCUAUGUUUUUAUGUUUGGUUAUGCAUAGACAGUCUGCUAAAUGUAUGUGUUUAACUUAAACUAGAGUUAUGACCCUUCACUAAGUGAACAUUUUCUUGCAAAAUA